CACAACCGCAUGGUGGCUUGACCAAAACGGACGUGUAUACCUUUAUUUUAUUUCUCUUACUUUCCCGCGCAAUAGUACAGACUAAAUAUUGGUUCGACAUAUCAAAAAGUUUGCGACAGAAACAGUUUUUAUUCAAACGGUGCUGCUGAUGCCUUGUAUGUGUAAAGUAACUUUUAUGUUUUGUGACAGUGAAAGUUUUAAUGUUCGAUAUGAAUGGUCUACUCUCGGAACGAGAAAAGGCGGGAAAUGUUGACAGACACUCGGCCGUCGAUGUUGUUGGAGAAGCGAAAAGAGGCCACGAGGGUGCUACGCGGUGGCAACAAUCUGAUGGAGACAGGUUGUCAGCCUAUCCAGCAACAGAUCGAUCUUCACUUCUACGGUCACAUGCUGCCAAAUCUGCGGAGAGUAGCGGCCAAGGGUCUCCGAAAGCCAGACGGAUACCUAGAGAAUCCAGAAGAGUGUCUCUCGCACAGGCAUCUGGAUAUGUCCAGCUUAAUCAGUACAGACUUCUGGAGCCUAUUGGACAGGGUUCCUACGGCAUCGUCAAGUUAGCCUACAGCGAAGAAGAUGACACUCAUUAUGCUAUGAAAAUCCUGUCCAAACGUAAGCUGAUGCGACGAGCCGGCCUCUUUGGUAGAACUCCACCUAGAAGACCGGGGCCCGGUCCUCCCCCCGACCCUUUGCAAAGGGUGUACCGGGAAAUCGCCGUACUGAAAAAACUAGAUCACCCAAAUGUAGUGAAGCUCGUUGAAGUUCUGGAUGACCCAGCAGAAGACCAGCUGUAUCUCGUGUUCCAGCUUUUAGAGGGAGGACCGGUCAUUGACAUACCGACCGAAAAUCCCUUGAGUGAAGACGUAGCUAGGAAAUACUUUAGAGAUGCUCUAUUGGGUAUUGAGUAUUUACACUUUCAACGCAUUGCUCACCGGGAUAUCAAACCAGCUAAUCUUCUCCUGGGUGAGGGCAGAGUGCAGGUUGCAGACUUAGGUGCUUGCGGAGAACUUGCUGGGGCUGGAAGAUUAUCAGGAGCAGUUGGGACUCCAGCCUUUAGAGCACCGGAGGCUGUGGCUUCUGCUGACAAAUAUAUUGGUGAAGCUGCCGAUAUUUGGUCAUUAGGCGUAACUUUAUAUGCUAUGAUCACGGGAAGGGUGCCCUGGGUGGCAGCUACGGCGACUGACCUUCAGAAACGAGUUCUCACGGAACCCCUGGCAUUUCCACCUCGACAACAGCUGUCUAGGCCCUUAAAGAAGCUGUUGACAAGGAUGCUAGACAAAGAUCCCGUCACGAGAGCUACAAUGCAAGAAAUAAAGGAACACGAAUGGGUGACGUCAUCGGGCCAGGAUCCUCUACCCUCGGAGCAAGAGAAUUGCCGCCUGGUGGAGGUGACGGACGAGGACAUGGCACGCGUCGUUACGUCUAUUCCGAAUCUCUCCACUCUUAUUCUGAUCAAGACGAUGCUUAAGAAACACAGUUUCCAGAAUCCAUUCCUACGCAGUCGCGAAAGUAGCUCUCGUCGUGAAAGCGUGGUAGGCGAGGUAAGCGAAGCUAACGCGGCAAGCGAGGCGGGAGAAGCGGGUGCGGGCGGCUCGCGAGCAGAGCGCGGCGCACGGCGCACCGCACUCGCACGCUCUGGACGCUCGCUCUCUGCGCCCGGGAACUAUCUGACUGACAAACAAAGCUCCUUCGACAUCGCUUUAGAAUCCGUGCAGGAAUCCAAAGAACGCGAAGUAAAACAUACCAAGCAAGAAAACAGUCAGAAGAAAGUCCAAAAGGAGCAACCGAGUCAAGAAGGAAGCAACACAAAAGAACUUCGCCAAAUAAGCAACGCGCCCACAGAGGAACACCAACGAAACGAUGCCGGUGCAAAAGGGACAGCAAAUCGCAAACAGAACGGGAGAGAAAAGGAGAGGUGAUGCCGCGCGCCCGCGCAAUGCGCUCGACUUUGAGUCUCAUUGCGAGACCAACCCGACGACCGGUCGACCGAUAAACCGUUCAAGUGAAGUAGAUCCGUGUUAAUCACGUUGAUAUUCACUCGCUCAAGAAAUUAACCGUAUUAGUACCUAAUCCGAAAAAAAACUUUAGCUUAAGUUAUGAUUUUAUUUUUAAAACUUUUUUUAUUUGAAAUCGCUCUGAAUCCCGUUUAGCUUUUAUAUACUUUGAUUACUUAUUAUAGUAACAAUAUAAACAUAUAACGGUAAUUGUAUAUCAUUAUUUUUAUUUAUUUUGUAUUUACUCUCAACAAAUUAUAUGUGUCAUAGAAACUAAAAUAUUAGUUUCGUUGCAAUUACAUCCGUUUAUCUGCCUUUAAGUUAUUUAAAUAGAAAGGGAUGUAUAUAAUUUUCGUCAGCGUUAGAAAGAAAAUUUAAAUGCCUGUUUGGCUGUGGUUAGUGAUUCUGUUAAGUUCGUAGAGAUAAGUAAUAGGAAAAUCCUGCGAAUUCAUUGAAAAUUGCAUAAUAAUUGAACGGUUCAUAUUUAUCUAAAUAUUCCAAUUUUCACUAGCACAAAAAAUAAUACACACUAUUUUUAAUAUCGACACGAACUUUCGCUAUUGUAGAUUCAAUUUACAAUUCGACCUUUAUAAAAUUUUAAAGUCAAUUUUAAUUAUUAUAAAAUAUAAUCUUCCUAAAAUUAUGUAACAUUAUAUAUAUACAUCAAACGACAUACUGCUUAUCAUUGGAGGGUUCAUUUGGCCUUCUGCAAUAAAUAUGUUCGUAAUAUAUAACACAAUAUUUGCAGUAACAUAAGAAUUUUCAAAAAAUAUUAUCCUAGAUAAUAUACAUUAACGAAACAAUUAAACCAAAAUCAAAAUAAACUUUAUUCAAGUAGGCUUUUACAAGCACUUUUGAAUCGUCAUUUAACAAACUAUAUUAAGUAAAGCUAUCACCGUUUCGGAAUGUAG